AAGGUGUGAGUGUUUUGCGGGAGGAGGAAGAAGAAGGGAGAGGAGAGUUUAGGGCGGGUGUGGAUUCUCCCUCCGGACUAGAGCUGCAGCUGGUUUGCAGAGUCGAGAGGAGUACAGGAAACGACAGAGGGACGUCUGGGACCCAGAUGUAAGAGGGUGGGACGUUUAAUUAAGGGUAUUUAUGCAGAUAACUCUGUCUCUCACCAUGUGGGGUAAAGCUGUCUGAACCAGAAGGCAGAGGCACAGGCAGCAAGGCAGAAUUAGAUCUUCUUCGGUCGUACGGAAUAAGGAGUUCUUCCACAGUGCUCUACACAAUCAUUUGCUCGAAAACAGUCGCAGGGCGGAAGGAAAAGGAACGAGCACAUUCCCCUCUCUGCGCAUUUCCUCCGUUUGACCUUUAGCCCUCAGUAUGAGCGGCCUCGUUGGGAAGCUGGACCCUCGCAGGAUACAGUGGGGUUCGACAUGGAACACCUUUGCGUCCCGCGUCCUGAGGACCAAACCUGUGGAGUCCAUGUUGGAUUCCGCCAUGACGGGUACCAGUUCACAUGGGACCAAACUGGCCCGAGUGUUGUCCACCGUGGACCUGGUGUCUCUGGGUGUGGGCAGCUGUGUCGGGACGGGGAUGUAUGUGGUCUCGGGGCUGGUUGCUAAGGAGAUGGCUGGUCCUGGUGUCAUAGUGUCCUUCAUUAUUGCCGCUGUGGCCUCCAUUCUGUCAGGUGUGUGUUACGCAGAGUUCGGUGUGCGCGUGCCUAAGACCACAGGUUCGGCCUACACGUACAGCUACGUGACCGUGGGCGAGUGCGUGGCUUUCUUCAUCGGCUGGAACUUGAUUCUGGAGUAUCUGAUCGGAACGGCGGCGGGGGCGUCGGCUCUCAGCAGCAUGGCGGACUCGCUGGCCAACCACAGCAUCAGCAACUUUAUGAUUUCACACAUCGGGACACUCAACGGCUUGGGUAAGGGAGAGCAGUCGUACCCAGACCUGCUGGCGCUGUUGAUAGCAUUGCUGGUGACUGUGAUCGUGGCUUUGGGGGUGAAGAACUCGGUGGGCUUCAACAACGUGCUGAACGUCAUCAACCUCAUAGUGUGGGUGUUCAUGAUGAUCGCCGGGCUGUUCUUCGUCAACGGAGAGAACUGGGACGAGGGGAGGUUCCUGCCGUUUGGCUGGUCAGGGGUGAUGCAGGGCGCGGCCACGUGCUUCUACGCCUUCAUCGGGUUCGACAUCAUUGCUACGACGGGAGAGGAGGCCAAGAGUCCCAACACUUCCAUCCCUUACGCGAUCACUGCCUCACUCAUCACCUGCCUCACUGCCUACGUCUCUGUUUCUGUGAUCCUGACACUCAUGGUUCCGUACAAUGAGAUCGACGCGGACGCCCCUCUGAUGGAGAUGUUUGCCGUGCAUGGCUGCAUGUUCGCCAAGUACAUUGUGGCGGUCGGUUCUAUAGCCGGAUUGACCGUGUCCCUCCUGGGGUCCCUCUUCCCCAUGCCCAGGGUCAUCUACGCCAUGGCGGGGGACGGCCUUCUGUUUAAGUUCCUGGCCAAUGUGUCUUCCUACACAGAGACCCCCGCUGUAGCCUGUGUGGUGUCCGGCUUCCUGGCUGCCCUGCUGUCCCUCCUGGUCAGCCUCAGAGACCUCAUAGAAAUGAUGUCUAUAGGAACUUUGCUGGCGUAUACACUGGUGAGCCUCUGUGUCCUCCUGCUACGCUACCAACCCGAGGGCGACAUCCACGGCUUUGUGAACUUCCUCUCAGAGGAGCAGAAUAACAAGAGGAAGGAAGGCGUUCUGGCCGAGUGCGAGAAAGACGCCUGCUCGCCAACCAGCGAGGCCGACGAAUACGGCGGCCCCACCAACACCUGCGGAGCCAAAAACCUGCCUUCGCUGGGUGACAACGAGAUGCUGAUUGGUAAACCAGAUAAAAGCGCGUACACUGCCAGCCACCCUAACUACGGUACGGUGGACAUGACCACUGGCAUUGAAGCGGAGGAGUCUGAGGGCGGGAUGUCCAGGCGUUUGAAGAAGCUGAUCGGGCCGCGCUACUACACCCUGAGGAUCCGACUGGGCCUGCCGGGAAAGAUGGACAGGCCAACUCCAGCCACUGGAAAAACAGUCACUGUGUGUGUGCUGCUGCUCUUCAUCUUCAUCUUUGCUUUCUGCUCAUUCAUCAUUUUCGGAGCGAACUACAUCGGGGAGGGCCGUUGGUGGGCCUUGCUGCUAUUAAUCUUCUUCAUCGUCGCCCUUGCCCUGCUUGUCAUCAUCAUCCUCCAGCAGCCAGAGAACCCUAAGCGUCUUCCCUACAUGGCACCCUGUGUGCCCUUUGUACCUGCUUCAGCCAUGCUGGUCAAUAUCUACCUCAUGCUUAAACUGUCGGCCAUCACCUGGAUACGGUUUUCAGUAUGGUGCCUCGUGGGUGUGCUAAUCUACUUCGGCUACGGCAUGUGGAACAGCACGCUGGAGAUCACGGCCAGAGAGAACGAGGUGCACGCCUCCACCUACCAGCGCUACAAUCAAGGCGUGGACGAAGGCUUCUGUGGCUUCGACGACAAUUUCUACCCACCCACCAGUGACACCUGGGGCGGGGGAUCGGGGCUGACCCCGCCGCCCGAGGCAAACCCAGAUAGUGACGGGGCGCCUCCGAAAGGUGGAAGCAGAAGCAUUGCCAAUCAUGGCCUCGCGGAGGAGGAUCCAAUGGAUUUCUGAAGGGACUGACUCUGUGUUACCCUGAAUGUACUGCCUUGUCUGCUGCCUGGGGAAAGGGAGGGGAACAGUGUGUGAGUCGAUGAACGAAUGUGUGUGUGUGUGUGCGCGUGCAAGGGAGUGUGUGUGCAUGCCUGCAUGAGUGUGUCUAUCUGUUUGUGUGUCUAACCCUUGGGCUAGAUUGUUUCUCGGCAGUGGAACAACUUUUCCGUCACCUUACUCCUGGCUCCCCCUGCUCCAAAACAAGUGCACGUCAAGGCCAUGAGUUGACACAUUUAUUUCUUAUUCAGUUGCCGUACUCCACAUCCCACACAAUGAAAGGCCACAUGGAGUGCAAGCGUGGGACGUAGCAAGAGAUGAAAUAAUAUCAUUCACUAAACUGCAGACCAUAUGAUCUGGAACGACGGGAGUUAGAAGAUAAGGUGGUGAGAUGUAUCGUAUGAAUCAGCACGUCCCUUCCUGUUUCAACGCAGACAUACAGGAAAGAUAGAUGACAGCACACCAGUCCCACAUGACUUCCGAAGUCCAGGUCCGACAUUAUCUCCUCAUUUUAUGUUAAACAGGAAUUUGAAAAUCUAACAAAAAAGAAAAAAAGUGAAAUAUGUUUCCCCUGACCCCUAACAUCUAGCCCAAGGGAAUGAGAAGUGGAGUUGGAAAGGGAGUUGUCGAUGUUUUCUGUCACAAAUAGUACUUGGACUUUGCUUGCAAUAGUGCCUUCAUCUACUGUACGUGAGUUUCUGAUUAUGUCCAGUUUUCUACUUUAAUUUUGCCUGCGUGCGUGUGAGGGUGAACUGUGUGUACACUCAACCUCCACCUUCAAUUACUGUGUCUCUGUGUGUAUAAAAGUGUGUUUCUCGGAUUAUUUUACACCAGAUGUGUAAGGUUUUUGUUUAAUGUCUUUUUUUUUCUUUCUUUUUUUUUAUUUUUAAAUCGUCCCACUCUGCCCUGGCAUGAUUCCCAAAAUCAGUCCACCUGCAGCAAAGCAACUCAUGGCGCAAUGUAACACAUGCUCAUCAGUGUACCUAAAAAGGAGAUAGAUAGUCGCGUUUUCCCGUUCAGUUUUUGCUGUUUGCUUGUGAGGAGGAGGAGAUUCUUGGUUUUCCAGUUCCAGGAAGGAUUUCAUUUUCAGUUGAUUCAGUUAUAUUCUUCAUAGUUGUUAUCUUUUCCAGUAGAGCGGACAACAAAGUUAGGAAAUGAUCAGUUGCGGUCACAAAUAGGAGAGGCUUGUUUCUCUGAUUUUCCUGACGGCAGUGUACAUUUUAUGUUGAAAUGUUUUUCAACCACCUUCUACUCACCAAUAAUUUUCAUACCAUCCCUAACUGAGAAAGACUGAGUUACAAAUGAGGCGAAACUACACUUUUUUUUUGUUUUACUCUUGUAGGGCUUUUUGACUAACACAGAACCGGCUUUAUUUUUGUUUGCACGCCGGUUCUGUUUGGGAUCCACACAAUCAGUGACUCUGCAGCACCAGUUCCAGUUCAGUCAUUGGCAACUUUGCAGAUUAGAACUCCUGCACAACACUUGCAGCUGAAUUUCUUCCUUUUCCUGCUUGUUUGUUUAGUACUCGCUCACUCAUGGAUUCCAUUUGUAUCCAAGAGACAUCUAGUCCGCUCUCAGUGUUUGAAGCUAUUUUGAGGCUCCAAAUGCUCAGAACUGCUUUGUAAAUAAGAACCAAACCACCUCUGUUAGUCGAAAAGCCCCAUGAGUGAACUGAAAAUCUUAUCCCUCCUCUUCAGUCCUCCUUCUCCACCCUCAUCCUUUGCUUUCUGCUCAUUCCCCACUUCCUCUUAACAUUUCAUGCCCUACUUCCACUGCCCUCUUGCUCUUCCAACCCAGCUCUUCCUUCCUUUCAAUCCGUCACCUCACUUUCUCUAUUGACAUCCAUUGGACCGUGUCUUCGGGGAGUUUUAGGGCUGGGAUUGGUUUUCAGUCAGGCUUUGUAACAGCAAUCUACUCACGGUCUGUCCAUCACCUGAAGUUAUCUGCUGUUGCUCUUCUGAUUUACCACUGGAGCUUGUGCUCCAUUCCCUGUGAUUCUGCCAAAAUUGUUAUGAAUGAGUCUCCCCUGUGCCCCUACCUCUUCAGCUUUUAUGCAUGUAGCUAGCUCUGACGUCACACCCUUAACAUGGUACCAACAGUACAUUGUUGCUGCACCCUGAAGAAGUACGUUCAGUUUCUACGGCAAGUAAACUAUCAAAGUUAGGGGUUUGAUUUCAUACUAAGAAGGCAAGACAAGGAAAGGUUUAUUGGUAUAACACUCUCCAAAAGUGCUUUACAUAAGAGCUGAAAGGGAUUGCUUAUGCAGUGUAUGCAUUUGUGAGACUGUAAGGGAAUCUGGCAUACACCAAAUAGCACACUGUUACGUCAUCAUGUUGAGGGUGGGGGUGCUGCUACAAUAGCUGCCGCUGCUGCUGUCUGCCCUGAUUGUCGUCCUCCUACCUUUUUCCCUGUGCCCCCUGUUGCUGCAUCAGUCCCUUCCGGGGAAGCCUUAUUUGUCUAAUGCACUAAAUCUAAGGAUGCCACGCUACUCCCCACCCCUCUACCCUAGCUCUGCUCCUGUCACAACCAUCCACAACAAAAAAAAAAAGAAACAAAUAGGAAUAGGUCCCUUGUGUUGUCCAGCUCUGUUUUGCCAGGCUUUACAUUUGUAUUGGAUGAUUCUGCAGCUUGCAGAUAGCAGGAGUAUGCCCUUUCUGGGGUGAACAGAGCAUAAUGGUUGAGGUUUGGGCGGUGUCUUCAUGCAGAAUUUGUGGCACCCAGAGACCAGCUAGGGCCAUAGGUAAAGCUGAGAUCACUAAGAUCACAUCCUCUUUAUCUUUUCUUUAAGUAUGGGUGGUCCAGGCACGAGGGUGUCCAUUGUCCGUGCUCAUUCCAGGUCAAACACAAGCUUUACAUAACCUAUAACCAUAGUUCAACCGUCAACACCAAGCUCAGCACAGCGGGGUGGGGAGUGAUUUUAAUAAACAUGACCAACAGUAUGAUAUUAAUCACAUUGUGAGUACUGUAUAUGGAUGUUUCAGGAAUUUUAGGAAAAAUCUUGGCACCCAAGGUAAUCUGAGGUUUUGCAGGACCGUCCAAUAUCAACGUUCUGUUAGGUGAUACGGUUUGGGUUAAAAGAAAAACAGCAGCGAAACAAAGCAAAUCCUAAACAUUUGCACAUUAUAGUCACGCCCAAACAUAUGUUCGAUUUUGUACUGUGCGGCCAAAAUACCUUAACGCGCCCAGGUCACGCCCGAACAACCAAAAAGAAAAGAAUCCAGCUUUGCAUUUCAGCCAAAACGACAAAAAAAAGAAAAAAAAAAGAAAAGAAAUGCUGGCGGUGCCACGCAUCUGACACUGGACUGUAAAGUCAACUUACUAUACUGUCUCCUCUGUGUGUGUGUUCGUAUCAAACCUGGGUGAAUGCAUGUAUCAAUCUGUGUGGGUGUGGUGUGCGUUUGUGGUGUACGCCUGCGCCUCAAUGUGUCCGUCUGGUGAAUGUGUAGCAUGCUCUCAUGCACGAGGCUCGGAAUAUAAGUGUCGUACUUGCAUGUGGUGACUGAUCGCGUCGAGACACAAUAGAACACUAAACCCGAACCAAAUGCAGGCUCAGUCCCUGUACCUGGGAACCUCGUGCCCUGGAAGGAUUGCACAGGUGCUCAACGAGUGGAUAACCUUAAAAAAUCGGUGUUUAUUCACUGCGACUGCUGCAUUUUCUAUUCAGAUUCAACCCCCAAAUCUUUCCCUCUACUAAUUCUAUGUGGAAUUUAACCUACAGGGACUUUCUUAUACUCAGUAAUCUCGGCACCCAGGUACGGGAACCGGGGCUCCGUUUGCAAAGGAGGUAAAACAUGUAGCAAACACUGAUGUGGUGAAUGACUCCUCUCAUGUCCUCCCUCAAACAUUUACAGUAUGCCUACUUCCUCUAUAUCUACGUUCUCAACCACAACCUCUGCAAGCCAAAGCCCACGAUCUUUGUUUACUUUUCACACACAGAAGACUGUAGUUUCUUCAAAGUGAAUACUUAAGAUACAAUAGAGCUAUCGGAAUUUUUUUCUUGGGAGGGUCUCUACUAAUAAGCUACUUUAUCACAGAAGAUUUCUUUCAUCAGAGUGACUUUAGUCAACAGUGCAGUGACCUUUUUUAUUUUAUUUUUCAUUCCUAGUAAGCGAGUAUUUGCUAGUAUUUCAUUAAAAAUUUAAAGUAUUAGUCUAGACUCCAACGACAACAAACAGAUUCCUUUGUCCAGCACUGACACUGAGUGCGGUGAAAAGUACAACACUAAAGGAGGGGGUGAACUAAAAAUAAGUAUUUUUCUACAGCUGUUUCCCAUCCACGGGCCUUCCUCGGGGUAGGUGUGUACAGCAGAGCUGGGUGGAGUUAUCAGUCUUCUCUUGUUCAGUGACAAAGAGGCCCGGGAGAAGCGGCUAAAAAUCUAUUUUUAACAAAGCGUAGUCUCUCUAGAACGAUAGAGCCCGUUUAUAAUCCUCACCUUCGAGGGAUUUUUGAAAUGGUCGCUAGAGAUGCCAAUAGGAACGUAGAAGGUUUAGGAGUAAGGAGUACUGCGGAAAACAUGCAGAAAACUAUUUUAAUACAAUUCUAUAAAGGGUAACCUACUAGCGUAAAUCAGCUACCAGCCACUAUUGCUUUUAAAGUCAGCUACUAUUUGUUUAUUUUGUCUCGGAGAAGGCGCACCAUGUUCUUCUUGUGCUCUGUGUGUCGCUGUGGCCAAGUGUCCAAUCGGUGUGUGUCGGACUUGUUGAGAUCGGCUUCUCUCGCAACAGCUAGAUAUUCCUUUUCUUUUCUGUAUAUUUUGGCACAAAGCUGUACGAUGUAGUUGUUUUUUAAUGUUUUUUUUUUUUUUUUUAAAGGUUUCUUCCAUACGUGUGGUUAUUUUUGCUCCUGGGUGCACUGUUUUUCUGCUGAGUUGUUGAUAUUGCUUCCAUGCAACAAUGAAAGUUAUUUAUUGCAAAUA